AUGAUUGUCCCAUCUGAAAUUUCCUUAAGUCCCACUUACGAUCACCUCACUGUGGCAGGUGAAGAGCUCAAGGGGUUGUCUGUGGAUGAAGUGCAGAAGGCCACGAGUCGGAUUUGCAUUUCAAGCAGAGCUGUUGUGAAGAUAUCGAAGACAAAGGAUGAGACCAACUUCUUGCUUCAUGGAAGCCAGGAAGGCGUGAAGAAUGCCAAAACACUCAUCAAGCAGAAGUUUCGAAGCAAAUUUCAGAUCACGUUUGAUAUUCCCUCAAGAUCACGACGUGCCGUAGUUGGAAUGAAAGGAAGCACAGUGAGAGCCAUCAAGAGAAAGCACAAUGUUGAUAUCAAAAUUGACCGCAGGCGCUUAUGUAAACCAAUAGAUUUCGAGGACUAUCAUGAUGUUGAUCAGCUUGCGCUUUUCAAACAAAACCCGUCGGGUGAGGUUCGUUAUGUCGCUUCGGUGGAAGUGAAGGUGAUGGGCAGCCAAAUGGAUUGUGUGGCAGCAAAGACCCAGAUUUUAAAACUUGUACUGUCACAGAUUGUCGAAUUUUGUCACUUCCCGCACGGCUUAUAUCGCUACGAAGCGAGAAUAAGGGCCAAGGAGUGCUUCAAUGAUGUAUCCAUCUUUACUGGCCAUUCACCAAUUAACACUUUAGCAGUGGAAGGCUACAAGGAUACAGUGUAUGAAGUUAUGAAGCUUCUUCGCUCCUUUGCAGAUCUUGAAUGUGAUUCGGUAGUUAUUCCUUCUGCAUUGAGGUACACUGGUUUCAUGAGCUCUGUUAAGAAUGUCGAAACAGAAGAUUCAAAAGAAAAUGUUCACAAGGACGAAACGAACAUAAUAAUCAAGGGCCAUAGAGCGGAUGUAUCGACGGCUCGUCAGAUGAUUGUUGAACACAUUGCAAAAUAUUUUUCUCAUAGACUCAUGUUGAUAGAUCUUCACGGUGGUAACAUUGAACAUGUCAGGAGAGUAUUGUCGUUGAAUCCAGUGCAGGCUUGCUUUGAAAAUGUAUGUGAUAAGAACUCUGUUAAGGUAACGCAUCCAGAGAAGGAGAUGAACAAUGUUGAAUACAUCGAGGUGUUUGGACUAAAAGAAAAGGAUGUGAUGCUAUCUAUUAGUCAACUAGAAUGUGUCGUCGAAUCAGUGAAGCCGAAUGACGUUCACCUCUGCUUUGACGAGAAUCUCAUCUGGAGACUACAACCGCUUCUCAAGGUCAACUAUCUAGAAGAUGGAUGCAAAAUGGAGUUUCAUUGUGACGGGGAUGAAGAUUGCAAGGACAUGAUCACCUUGUUUGACGAAACUGAGCGGGUGGAGAAGACGGUCACUCUCAUCAACCAGAUUUUGCAUUGCGAGAAAGUGCAGGGGGUAUACACAGUGGUAUUCGAAAUUCCGUCUUUGUUGGUUUAUUAUCUCAAGAAUUACUACUAUAUCUCUGAUUACAAGAAAAAGUAUGGCAUAAAACCGCACAUAGUUAGGAAGGAUGGACAACCCAACAGAUUAACAUGGCAGACAAGCACCUCGGACGUGUCUAUUGUCACACUUACGGGAAACAGGGUCUACGUUGAUGCCCUCAAAUGUGAGAUUGAAGAAGAGGUCAAGAAAUUUAUUCCCUACAUGUUUACAGAGGUGUGUGAUAUCGAUGAAAGUUUCUUUGCUCGAGUCAGUGGAAGGGAAUUUUCUAACAUACUGGAAUUGGAACGGCUGCACAAAGUGAAGACCAGCUUAGGAAUAUCCUUGGCAUAUGCUUACCUUUUUAACGAUUCUAGUGGCUCUUUCAAUAGUGAUCAUCGCGUUCAGAUAAUGGGAGGAUCAAGCACACUGGUAAUCCAGGCUAAGGAGGGUCUCUUGAGACUUUUGGAAACAAUCAAAGAGUCCACUGAAACAGCUACAAUUUGCGUACCGAAAGAUCUACGUUACGACAUUCGAAAUCAACUAGAUUUAUCGAGACAUAAUGAGGAAUGUUGGGGAGUUGAUUACGAGUUUCGAGAUGACGAUGCAGAUGACUUCAUCACGCUAGAUCUUCAUGGGUGUCAGCCGGACCUCAGGAACGCGGUGGAAAGAAUAAAUGGCAUGAUAUCGGAGCAUAUAGAGAAGGAAAAAGACAAAUCAUAA